AGACGGCGGCGGCGGUGGUGGAGGCGGCAGCCAGUGCUGCGGAGGAGGCGCAGCAGCCACCAUGCAGCCGCCCCCCAGGAAGGGGACCUAUGCCAAGUUCCUCACGAAGUUCCACUCGGAGCAGGUGACAAAGCUGCAAGCCAAGAACCAGUAUGAGUGUGACCUGCUGGAGGACAUCCGGAACUACACCCUCAAAAGAUCAGCAAUCGAGAAGUCAUACUCUGAGGCGCUGCUUAAGAUCUCAUCGGCAUACCUCAAUAAGAAAAUCCCCAACAUCCCAGACAUCAAGACAGAAGGCGGUGAAGAAAAAUGGAACAUGUGGAACGUGUGGCGCACGGUACUGGAGGAGAACGAGAAGUUGGCACGCGCGAGGUUGGCAGCCGUGGAGGUAUUCCACCAGCAGAUAGCGGACGAUGCUAAGGUGCUACGGUCGCAGAAGGUCCAGAACGCCAAGAAGUCCAUCGACCAGUUGGUAGUCGUGCAGAAGGAGCUGCAGCAGUGCGUGCAGGAUGUGGAUAAGACCAAGAAGCUGUACUUCGACGAGGAACACAGCGCGCAUGACGUCAGGGACAAGGCCAAGGACAUCGAAGAGAAGUUAAAGAAAAAGAAGGGUUCGUUCUUCCAGUCAAUUACAUCACUUCAGAAGAACAGUGCAAAGGUAUCAUCGAAACGCGAGCAACUGGAAGAAAAGUCUACGGGGGCCCGUAACGACUACCUGCUGAGCAUAGCAGCUGCGAACGCCCACCAGAACCGCUACUUCACCAAGGACCUGCAGAACACCAUGGUGUCGAUGGAGAACCGCGUGUUCGAGAAGGUGGCCGACUACUUGUCGCUGAUUGGCCGCACGGAGCUGCUGACCUGCACCGCCACGCAGACUUCCUUCACCCGCAUCCGGGACCAAGCGCAACAGCUGACGCGCGAGUACAACCUGCAGUGCCUGUACCUGUUCUACCCGGUGCUGAAGCAGCACAUCCAGUACGAGUUCGAGCCGUGCGAGAACGACAGCAUCGACAAGGUGACGGCAGACCACUCGUCGGCGCAGCAGCAGCUCAGCAAGGAGGCCAAGCGCUGGGCGACGCGCAUCGCGCGCGACAAGCAGAACGUCGCCGAGUACGAGAGGCGCCUCGUCGCGCUGCAGGCUCUGCGCGACCAGGGCCAGAAGGUCGAUCCAAAUGAUGUAAACGGACCAGAUCUGGAGACGAAAAUCGAAGACCUGAAACACAGCAUUAGAAGGUCUGAGACUUCCAAGGUGAAAGCAGAAGCUCGCAUAGAGUGCUUGAGAGCAGGGGGAGUGAACGUGGACGAGUGGCUGCAGGAGGCGGACAGCCUGAGCGUCCAGGACAUGCCCCGCUCCGCCAGCUCGCUCUCCAUGCGGACCGACGGCGGUUCGGGACAAGGGGAGGCGGCGGGCUCGGACUCUCUCUACGACAGCGACGUGGACGCCAGCGGCUCCGAGGUGACGGCGGUGGAGCGCGGGGGCCGCGACGAGGAGGCGGAGCGCCAGGAGGCCGCGGAGGUGGACGCCAUGGUGGAGGCGGAGCGGCAGCGGCUGGAGCAGCUGACUGCGGGCUGGGACGACCCCACCAACGUGGACUGGGGGCCGCCCGACGACAGCGAGCCGCCCCCGUCCGCGGGGGCGGACUCUACCGGCACGGAGCACGACGCGGAGGCGCUGGGCGCACAGGACGCCGAGCCACGCAUCUUCCCGCCGGGGCAGACCUUCAAGUGCAUCGCACUCUACAACUACACGGCGCAGAACGCGGACGAGCUGAGCAUCGUGGAGAACGAGCAGCUGGAGGUGGUGGGCGAGGGCGACGGCGACGGCUGGCUGCGGGCGCGCAACUACCGCGGCGAGGAGGGCUUCGUGCCGCAGAACUACCUGGACGUCGAACAGACGGCCAGUGCCGCUGGCGCCGCCUUCGAGCUGGCGCAGCAGAUCUCCUUCAGCUCCGUGGACUACACGCUCGACGACGACACCGCGGUCGUGCCCGAGGACGAGCUGCAGCACCAGCAGCAGCUGCAGCAGCAGCAGCAGCAGCAGCAACAGCAACAGCAACCUGUGGAGGCGGUGUCGCCGCUGACGGUGAGCGCGUCGGGCUACUGCGUGGCGCUGUACGACUACGAGGCGACGUGCGAGGACGAGCUGACGUUCAGCGAGGGCCAGGUGAUCCGCGUGCUCAGCAAGGAGCCGCACAGCGUCGACGACGGCUGGUGGGCCGGCGAGAUCGCCGCAACUGGCCACGUCGGCCUCUUCCCCUCGCUCGUCGUCGAGGAAUGCCGCGAGGACGGCGAACCGCUCACGCCGCCGGCGGACGACGAGGCUCCCAGCUCGGCGCCGCCGGUGUUCACGCCGCCGGACGUGCCCAGCUUCCUGCUCGCCCCGCAGACGGUCGUCACGCAGCCCACGCCAGAAAUCGAGAGCUCAGCAUUCUCCAUGCAGAUGACGGGAGCACAGCACCAGCAGUACGGGUCGCAGUUUUCUGGAGGCCCGCCCUCUAUCGUCACGGGACCUGAGACCAUUGGAGGAGACGACGUGCCAAGCGUCACGGUGCAGGUAACAGAGGAGGCUGGGGAAGAAUCCGGCACCGGCCUGCCGGUGGAGGCGGCAAGCAGCGGCCCCGAACCUGGUGGCGAAUCCUCGGCGUGUGAGCCGUCGGCGCCGCCCACCACUCUGCCCGGCGUCGGCAUGGGCGGUGGCCUGGGCGUCGCGCAGAUCGUCAUCACCGCCGCCACGCCCACCGUCGAGGAGCCCGAGCAGCCCUUCCCGCCCCCGCCCGACCCCGACGAGGAGGCACCGGAGGCGGCGGCCGCCGAGGCCGACGGGGAGGUUCCGCCGCGCGGCCCCGGCCUCGUGGGGGCGGACUCGGAGGAGGCGGACGCGGGGCCGGACAGCGCGCCCGACGACGACGAGGAGCCGCCCACGUACGACGCGGCCACCACCACCACCACGACGACGACGAGCGAGACGCGAGGCGAGACGGUGGCGGAGGCGCAGCUGGACGACGAGAUGCCGACCGACUCGGCGCCGUUCCCCGCCUCGAGCAGCACGGCCAGCGACGAGGACGAGUCGUUGUCGGCCCCCAGCACGGCAGACAACAGCACGCAGGCGCCCGUCAAGGUGGCGGCUCUGCCGCGCGACGACGAGCCGCCGCCCCCGCCGCCGCCACCUCCGCCUCCGCCGCCGCCCCCGGCGGCUGAGGAACAACAGCAGCAAAAGGAGGAGGAGGAAGAGUGCGCCGUGCCCCCGAUGCGCCAGCCGCUCGGAGGCCGCGCGUCCAUCCCUGACGAGCUCGAACCCCAUCAGCUGGCGCAGCUGCAGGACCUCAAGGAAUCCAACGCGUAGGCAGACGGCAAGGUCCGCCUCUUCGCCCGGGUUCGGGGUCCAGCUAACGCUGCUUGUCACUACACUGUGUGUUCUCCCUUUCUCCGAACACACAACACGGACGCGAGUUCGGUCGAAACCUUGCAGACAUAUUCCGGCGCAACGACCCUUACGGCUGCGCGAGUUAUCACACUGCUCCUCAUCUAUUCCACCAUAGAAAGGGCUAUUACUUCCUUCUCCCCCAUCUUAUUGUUUCACACCCCUUGCAGCGGACAUUUCCAGCUCCAGAGUCCCACUGUUACAUACCAACCUUUCGUCCAGCUAUCACACUGUACAAAUUAGAGUACAAGGGCAACGUUUGCGUUCUGACGUGUUGCACUCUGUCAGAUACGGAGCAGUGCUUAUGCUUCUUGGGGCAAUACGUUCCACAAAUACAACUUCUUUCUGACCUCUAACAUACUGGGAUUUUUAUUGAUGUAACCUCCCUCUUUGACAAUACAGUUACGAAGCUUAGUGAGUGCUAAGACACAUUCUAAAAGGGUACCGCCAUCUAAUCCAAUUUGUGAUAAUGUUUUUAAUGCCCACGGCAUUGUGAAAGAUAGGCGAAAGGCGAGCGAAUUCUGAGGAACCUACCCAGGCUUCAGUUUUGAAAGAUUGUUUUCGCAAGCUCGCUGUUUUUCCGUAUAUACAACACGGAUGGACGAGGACUAGAGGAACCCAGGUGGGAUUUUGCGACUGCAAUAAACACCUGCUUCCCACUGGACGAAACUGUGACGACAUUUAGUGCUUCGUGCGUGCAUAAUCUACAGUGAUUUCUUUCCUCCUUUCGGAGGAAACUCGAUCGAUAGAUAACAUUUUGUUUGACACUAGUUUGUUAUCAACACUGCGAGACCUCACACGCAAUUCCUACUCUAUAUUCAUCCACAAAAAAACCGUAGUUACUUCCUCACUACUCUGUUCACAGGUCCAUGUUACUAUUUAUGUACUGUCGACCAAAUAUUCUUUCCGGUCAGUACAAUGGCAAAACACUUCCCCCUUUUGGGAUGUAAUGAAUAUUGAUAGAAGAUAAUUUUACCGAUUUUUUCUCUCAGUGCGGAACUAAACACCGUCCGUGAAGCAGAACACCAAGGUCACAUCAUGUACUAAUUCCCUAAACUACGAGUGCCAAUCUAAGCGAAUAACCCCAGAAGUUUCAGGGACUUCACACACAAUGUCUUAUUGCGUUACUCAUAAGAGAACUAAAUAGGCAGCGCGCUGUCAUGACACGAUUUAACAUGCGGCUACAUUUGGUCGGAAAUAUAUUAUACGAAUAACCUUGCCGUCUGCCUAGCAAGUAAAAGUGCUCAAUGAUCUUUGUGGACGGAAGCCGACUGUUAAGACGGCCCACCGUCUGCAGGAGGGGUUUAAAAAAAAAUAUGGGAACAACAUUUGAAGAACCACACUGAGUAAAGCCAAUAGAGGAACUGGUGUUUUUAUUUUCUAAAUCUGCUUGUUAGUGGUUUCUGUGCUAAGCUGGUUACAACAUGGACAACUUGCAACAGCGAGUCAAGCGUCAAUUGUCAAUUGCCGUAGUGAAAGCAAACCUUUCUCCUCCUCUCCUGAUCAGCCACUUACAGCAUCCACCACUGGUGCGGGUGCCUGUAGCGUAAGCAGAAACUUUUGUAUAGUACAUAUAUGUGUGUUAUGGAUGUUCGUUGUUUUCACAUGUGAUAGAUGAUAUUUUUCGUACUUUUCUGCCUAAAUUUCUAUCAGCGCAAAGCGCACGGCACAAGCUCGUCAUUUACUUUCUCAAACAGCAAAGCUUCUGUCCAGCUAAGCUGUUCGUCUGUUGUGUAUGUGUGUAUGUGCUGGCGGCGACAUCUGAUGAGAAAGACAGAGCUACUCCGUCUGUUGUUGUCUGCGAUCUGCCUGUCUUGAACGCAGUACGUUGUGCAAGAGCAUUUGAGGGAGGUACAGCCAUGUACGUACCUAUUAGCGGUUUACAGUGUUGUUAUAUUCUGAAUACAGAAAUAAUGUUGAGGCUCACUCUUACUAUGUAAGCAUAUCUGAAGAAGUUAUUUCUCUACUUCUGCCCUGCGCUUACUUAUCUGAGGAGCCAUGGACGCAGAACUAAUAAAAAUAUAUUUCCAUUUCCGUUUCCUUCCCUUCACGCUUAUGUUUCCCACUUUCUGAUUUGAGACUUUCCGGGAUAAAUUGUAUCUCCGUUUCUGUUCUCUGCCUUUCAAUUUUUCCAAUUUGAGAAGUCAGUAUCACCCGUUUAUUGUCGAAAGUACUGCGAUGGAGCGAAGAGCAGAAGACCACAUGCGAAAAAGAGAAGCAGUGAGGUCUUUCAAAGCUUUGGGACCAUUAGACGGAUUGGAAACAUGUAUGACUUGAACACCGUGCGGAGUAGAAGACAGAAAGGCAGAAAGAGUCUACUCUGUUACCACUUUAUGUAUAAGAGGCUUCUUUCCAUACCCUUUCUUGCGUACUGUGUAACCGAGAAACUUUGUCUCUUAGAACAUGAUAUAUCUUUUUCAUUUUACAUGCCCUUUCCUUUCUCAAUACCAGUUCAGUUUUAAGUUCGGUUUUCGUCUUUUUAAUAAAAUACAUUUUGCUACUAAUGCUUGUUCAUAGUCAGUAUGUUAUAUCAUCCUUGUGGUACUUACCUGAUGCCAUUAUUCGUACAUCAGACGUAAGACAAUAAUGGAAUUUUUCGUUUCAUUUAUCUUGAAGGAAUCGUCAUUAGACAGUUUCGCUUGCUAAGUGAAGCAAGACUUUCUAGCUAGGCGAAUCGCAGACAAGGGGCCACCUGUUCGACCUUCCUCGAUCUAGCAUCCAUUACUUGCUGCGUUCUUGGACGCCCUAACACGAGAUUUCCACACUACUCUAAAUAGGAAUAGGAAUGCCCUGUUUCACGCAGACAAAAGCGUAUAGCAAGAAUAAAAAUAAGUUCCUCAUAAAUUAGGAGCGCCAAGAAUAAGUAUAAAUGACAUUAUUUCACUCUCUAUUACUAACUUUGUUCCAUAAUGAUGUCCGACAGCUAUUUUUUUUAAUCUAGUCACGUGACUUUUUUAUGAUAAAGUCAGUCCUCGACCAUUCUAUUGAAGAUUCGAAGAGUUGUAAGUAAAAUCACACCCAACAGUCAUAUUCACGGAAUUUGCUGAAAAUUUAGUGUCUGUUGAUCAGUCAAAAUAAUAUCCUGGUAUACAAUUAAUUUUCAAAACUACAGUAACUUCUGUAUCUUGUAAGGGUCCGGGAAUCUGUUCUUUAUGUCUUGAAAAUUGGUCAAACUAGUGGCAAUAAAUAGACUUCUGGCACUAUCUUCAUGUCUUGAAUCGGUCAGGCUUAUGCAAAAAGAAGAUCUCUAGCAAUUCCACCUAAGAUUAAUAUAUUCCGGAAUUAGACAACCAUCGGUAGAAAAUAAAUGCAGGCAUGUCGAACAAUUACAGAUGUACCCCUGUAAUUUUCUAACAGCGUUAAAUAUUAAACGCAAUGACGUCAGAUAUCGCAAUCAUACCUAGCUUAUACUGAGAUAGGAAAUGGCAUAAUUACGUAGAGCUAAUUGCUGUUCCACAAACAUAAUUUUCACUGACUUUGUUUAUAAAUUAUAGAUAUAGCUCUUCGACAUGAGUCACUCAGCUAGAUAUGUUGCUUUCUGUAUGCUGUUUUCCUGCCAUCUGAGCUAUCUUAAGAACUGCCUGAAAUUAACUUUAUAAUAUGCCUACGAUGUUUUCAUAAGUCAUGGAAAACGCCAUUUUAUUCUUAAUAACACAGAAAUUGUUUUUGAGACCGUAACUACAAAAACUUACUGACAGGUUUUCAUACCAGAAAUUGGAUUUGAGACAUUCGAUUCGCUCUGAAGUUUUGAAAUGCAUCGGCAAAAGCAAUGAUGAAGAUAGUUUAUCGAAGUAGAUGUUUAUGAUGAUGAUUUUCUUUCCUCGGCUGCAUUCCACUGAAGUUCUUCAGGGACUAUUCUACAGCUCUUGUGUGAGUUUUCAUGUUGGUGCAGAAAAAUUUUGUGACGAGCUCCCUCAGUGUUUCUGUGUAACCUUAUCAUAUAAACUGACCUUCUGGGUUGGGUGCAGUGAAAUUAAUCAUGUUGGAGACCAUAUUUUUCAAAAUGUCAUACUGAAUUAGUUUGUCCAUUUACCUUUCUACUCUUUCCACGCCUCUGCGAUUCAGACGUUUGCUAUUUGCAGAAAAUUCAAUAUAUUUCGUUUCCUUAGUUGUCUUGCAAUAAUUGUCGAAGCUAACCCAUAUUCAAAUAUGCUGCAAUGUACCCUGUGGAGUUUUACAGACCAAGAAGUGUGUAUCUGGAACAGCCACAAAUUAUCAAACUACUGGAGAUGGAAGGUGCCCUUGGCGUCUACAUUUAUUAGUCUUUUGUAUUCCUUUUCUAGAGAGUACAAUAACAACGAAAUGUGGAAUAUUACAUUCCGUAUCACAUUUUUCUUUUCUCGUAAGUAUGUCAACAGCUUCAUUUAUUGAUUUCUGAAGCACAACACGGCACAGGGUUCGGCUCACAUUUUGCUCGGUCGCAGCGUACGUUCUGUCUUAACGCGUUGUUUCCGUUUACUUUGAUCCAGUAUCUCUUUCUUCUAUUGACCUGAAACACGGAGCUCAUUUGCCUCGCUUUAUAGCUCACUACAGAGGAGACGAAUUUGCUGUGGUUGCCCCUAGAUCACAGUUACAGGGACUGCUUUCUCAGAUGUACUUGUAAUAUCACCAACUAACUCGAUUUGCUUGUAUAUCACGGUGCUUGUAAACAAAUUUCCGAUCAUUGUAUCAAACAUUUCCGUAGGUUUUCACCACUCUCCUUUGCCUCUAGUGGAUCCAAUGAUUCUCCACAUCAUUUUUCGUUCAGUGAUCUCAAGUUUCGCGCCGUUUUACUAGCUAACUCCGUUUUGAAGGCUUAGAGUAUACCUGGACGAAUGAUGACGCUGUCAAUGUUAAACUUUGGUCUGGAUGGCAAGUCUUCGUAAUUCAGCGUCUUUCGCAAACUGAAAAAAAAACAACAUAUUUAUCUGUUGCUUGAGGCUUUCCCGAGGGACUAUUGGUAAAUACGAUUCUCGGUGGAGACGACGGAUGUCGUUGUGAAGUUUUCACAAUAUUUCGUCAGCGCAACUGACCGACAUGUUGAGGUGAGGCGACCACACUGCUACAGUGUCGUUGUGAAAUGUUCACAAUAUUUUGUCGGCGCAAUUGACCGACGUGCAGUGAACACACUGUUGCAUUGUGUUCGCCAUACCUGGAGGUGUCGGUCAAUUGCGCCGACGAAAUAUUGUUGAAAUUUUACAACAAAAUCCGCCGCAUCGCUGGAGAACCAUGUUAACAGACUAUUUAUGUUUUCUCUUUUGAAAUGAAGUUCUUAGGUAACUGAAUUUUUUCGUUGGUUUGAAUCUUAAUCGGCGUGUAGGCAGUAGAGUUUCUUUUUUUUCCUUCAUCCUUUACAUCAGUAUGCAUUCCGUCUUUGUUUUCAGUGUUCCGCAUGAUACCUUCUGUUGUGCUUUUCACCUCGUCUUAAGUGAGCAUCACAGUGCCAUAUGCAUCAGCAUUUAUAGUAGAGACCAACUGCUCCUUACAAUGACACACACAACCCACUAUUAGCGUCAACUACUAAAACUUUGCCGGUAGACUUCGGUGUCAUCUUGUAUGUUUUUAGAUGUUUCGUUAGAGCUGGCUCCGUAGCUGAGUGGCCAGCGUCGCUAACUACUAUGUGAAAGACCUGCCUUCAAUUCCUGGCUGACAGGGAUUUUUCCUUGCUGAUAGGACUAGAAAGUGGUCCAGGCAGUAUCGUGACACCAAUUCAGGAGCUGUCCGAACGAGAAAUAGCGGCUCGAAGGUCUGCAAGGCCAUCAACGUCCAGGAGAGCGAUGGGCUGAUUCCAUACCCGUCCGUACAGCCUCCAAAUGACGCCAUUGGCCAAGGUGAUACGGCGAUCGGUUCGUCCCGAUUGGCGCGUCUGUGGACCAAGCGGCGGAGGUAUGCUUGCUUUUGCUUUUUGUCAGAUCGUAACUCUUUCUGCGACUUUCUCUGUGUCUCUUCCACAACGCUGUGUUACAGAAAUUUCGUGAUAAUGAAUGAAUCAGGGAGUUCGACUCAACAACGGCCUCAUGGUGUUCCAAAGAACAGAGAACAGGCUGGAGUUGGUUCCUGGAAUGAGCACUGUUAACUCCGUUGGUAGUACUUCACCGAAAAGCAUCUGCAUUGCUGUCCGGUUCAAACUCCUUAACUUGUUACAUUUAUUUGAAAGAUCAAUAAUUAAUCACGACUCGCUGACUACCAUUGAAGAGUUACGUAGUCAGUUCCGCCGGUUAUCAGGGGUACAUAUGUUUGCAGCCCUAAGUUCAAACAUCCUGAAGAAUAACGCAAACUGAAUGUAAAACCUUUGUUCUGAAUAUAGGAGUGAACAGCUAAAAUGUGUCCCAAUGAAUGCUUUAUACUUCAAAUACUGUCGGACAUCAUUACUUCUGUAGUGUAACUAAGAGAGUGCUUAUAAUAAACCGAGAUUCCAGUAAGCCGAGGUAACGUGGCUCGUGUGUCAGCAUACUUGUCCAUGUGAUGCGUUUUCAGGUAUAAGUGCUAGUGAGAAAUGCAGCAGGCGGACCCUAAUCACACUUCGUACAGUGUUCCAGACAGACGAAGUAGCUCUCUUUCAGUGCGUGCAUGAAGCCGCUGGUAUCGAGGUCGAAACUGCCCAGACAUUAAAGUGUUCUGUGCUGGUACAGCGCUUGACAGUGGUGGAUAUGGCUCUCCAUGCACGUGAGCCUGUUUGAGUAGACAUCCUUACGAUUGACUGUAUAGCUUCAGCAGCCGUGUUUCCUGAAAUAUAAGACGUUGUAAGCUCACCGCGACAUACUUUCGAGGGUAAGGAAAAUGUCUGUCGCAAUAGAAAGGACGUUUUGGUAGAACAUGAAAGGUCAAUACUAUAGCCAUCGCGCUGCAUCCUGUUGUUUAUAUUACAUAUAAAUAAUUUCUGAAUUCAAGAUAUACCGCAUUAAUGUACGAAGUUUUUAAUAAUCACAGACACAAGAGAUCAAACCCCAUAUCCAGAACUGUACCAUAUUCCUAUUGUGGUUAGUAUCUGCAACAGAGAUCCUAAACGACUACAGAAGAUGUGUACUAGGAAGUGACCUGUCGUUGUUCUACCCGCUGAGUAUUGAUUUCUGACUGACAGAUAGUCAAUGGUUUUCUAAAGCGCAUUUAGAUUUUCUACUGCAGAAACUACCAUCAGAUACAAGAGUCGCUUACAAUGUAAAGAAGUCCUCAUUAGAUAUUAUGGAACUCGUAUUUCGUAUACGGGUGAUGAAUGAGACUACCAUUUGAGGGAGAACGAUUUUUUUCUGUCACUUUGUGAUAGUCUUCAUGAAAGACCUUGUAACCAAGGGAAAUUUGUUAUGAACCAAACCCCAGAAGAUACUCCACUCUCAGCGAGAUUCCUGGAGCAAAAGCCAUAAAAAUAAUAAUAGUAAUAAUAACAAUCUUUACACUAAAAAGACACUGUUCAGUUUUAAGUUAGUACAUUCAAUCAAAGUCUACUCAGAUUUAUAGGACACUCUAACCUAAUGAUAUACGUGGUAUCCCAAAUAACCACUGACAAACUUCAUGGACAGGUUCCUUAUACAGAAAUAAGUAAAAAGUCUCUUGUAAACAUGGGGUCCGAAAUGCAUACCUUAAGUGGUACGAGCAGGUGUUCAUCUUCGAUACUACGAAACAGAUACCUUCUACUGCAAGGUCUUUGCUUUUCAUAUUCUGGGAGGAGGAAGUUCUAAGAAAAAAAUGUCUAAGUAAACAUGGAUCUAAAACGCAUACUUGAAGAGCUAUGAGCACUUGUUCCUCUUCGCUAGUGUGAAAUGCAUCUCUUCUACCGAACAAGGGAUCACAGCUCUUAAGGUAUGCAUUUUAGAGCCCAUGUUUACUUAGACAUUUUUUCUUGUUUCCCCUCAAAAUAUGGAAAGCAAAGAGCUUGCAGUAGAAGAGAGAUGUUUCAUAGUAUCGAAGUUGAACAAGAGCUCGUAUCUCUUAAGACGUGCACUUUAGAGUCCUUGUUUACCAUACAUUUUUUCUUGCUUUGGUGUAACUAACCUGUACCUUAAGUUUUUCGAUGUGGUUUUCUUGUUUUUUUUAUUUUUUAUUUUAGUGGGGGAGGGGACACUGUGCAUAAGUAAGUUGUUCUCGAAUAACUAAACGUCCUAAGACAGAGGCGAAAUGGAAGUGUGAAUCGAAAUUAGAGUUUCUCAGACGAGUCUCAUUGUCCUCGGGCACAUUCACAAUUGCAAACAAUCUCGGAAUUUUUACCACACCUAGAUUUCUCCAUUUAUUCCUUGUUCAUCCUUGCUGAUGGUAAACUGAUGUUGAAUGUCUAGCUUACUGUAGCUACGCAGUCAGUCAGUUUCAUAUUGUCUUUUCUGAGAGAGAUAUUUCGUUUUAUAAGUGCGUGAUAUGAUCCGGUGCAUUAUAUUUUUGUUUCACAUUUAACCACUGACACAUGAAAAAAAAUCUCGCUGCUCGGAUCAUUUGGAAAGCAACGUCUCCCGAUUUGAGUACACAUUUAUUCCAAUUUUACUGCUCCCUUUGUGUUAUGCGAAUGUUUUCCAUUAUUAUGGAGUAUCAUUUUAACUUGUGGUGACACAUUCAGUGAUACUCAAAUAGUUGCGAUAAAUGUUGACAAAGCAAAAGGUAUUCAUCUCUUCUGCUCUUUCCGUAAGCGGCGUUUUUCUUUGAUACCCCUAUAGACAGAUCGGUACUACAGUUGACGACCUUUUACAGGCUCCUUUCAGGUAUUUGGAUUGAUACUGAUCCAUUACAUGUUUAAUCUAGUCCUUAAAUCAACACGGACACACGACUUUCUAUAAAACACUCAAAAUAAUUUUGGCAUGACUCAUACGGCCAAUGUGUUCCAAUUAUCUCAUCAGGUGUGUAACGUUAGUGACUUUAACACUUUUCAUUUAUGCACAUUCCAGAAGUUGAAUGUGGGUGACUUAGUAGUUCUGCCACGUAGUCUCAGUAAUGAGUACAAUUUGUACUGCUGGAAAGAGUGAAGUUUCUUGAUAAAUCAGUGGUAAACAGUUCACAUUUCGUAGCAAUAUGGCAGCAUUGGCGUGAAAUCCACCAUAUACAUCAUGAUUUGAAUGCAAUGUUAAUCUGAUUUACUCCAGAUUCCAGUCGUUAACUCUAGAAAGGCUGUAUGGCCUGCUCUUUGUUUACAUCCCACAACAAGCACAGUCCAUCUAUACACAAUUCUUCCUAGUAAUCAGUUACAUGCCAGAGAUCCACACGGUAAAUAAGCCUUCCACAGAUAAUCUCUUCCAUUCAGGUUGAAAGAAAGAACUUGAAAUCUCAUCGCCUGUCGAAAUGUUGAACAAAAUAUUUACUCUGUCCACCCCGUAACGUUACAAAAGGUGGCCACUCAAGCUUUGCUUGAGUCUUUGUUGGUUAAAGACACAACUUUGCAUCCUCGUCAUCCAUAAAACUUUUCAGCAACAAAAUAUUUCAGUGACUGACUUCACUCAUCCUUUGCCAGCAAGAAACAUAAUUUGGCUGUUGUUUCUCCCUUCAGCUGUUGGGAGUAGUGUUAUCGACGAGCUGUGUUUCAUUGGGAGUAGUUCUCAUCACGGCACGCUCUCUCAAACGACACAUCGGUGUCAGAAAUUUUGUAAACAGUGCUGCCAUCUGCAAACUAUGGACAAAGCAGUUCAUCGCCAAAUGAAUACAGUUUGUCACAAUAAGAAGACACUUCUCACGAUGGUCGUCGGAGCAUAUGGAAAUCCGCCUUUUCUUGCACAUUAUUUGGCGCGUGGAGAAUAGCGAUGUGGAAGGAAUGAAUCAGCUGUAUUUUAUGGCUCUACGAAAGUGGAAACAAUUGAUUUCUUUUUCUCUUUCAGAGACAUCAGAAAAAUAGUCUAGGCUCAUGGUGGACCAGACUUCUGUUGUUUUUAUAUAUGAUAGAGAUAAAACAACAAUUAUAUGAAAUAUAGCAGGACAUGGUAAAUACACACUAGGUGUUGCACCGGCAACAAGAGAAUGCAGCGAUACUUCACACGACUUGUACGUAUGUUUUUCCUUUCCUUACUGCGUCACAGCAAAGACAAAAAAUGUGCCAUAUGUAACGGUUUUCGUGGAAAACUAAAUUCGAAUUCUACUUAUUGUUUCAUUCUUUCGGGACAGAAAAGCAGACGUCGUAGCUAUCUGACCGCCGUUUGUACACUACAGUAACGCAGUGUCCAUAUGCAUAAAAUUACUCUAAAGGGGAUUUAAAUUCUGAACGUACAUACGACGUUACUUAAGUCUUCGGCGUACUGUGUUUUGUCGGCUCCAUGGAAGCAGAAAACAGAACCGGUAAUGAUCCAACACUGUCGUUCAUCUACUCGCUAUCUGGACGUUUCGAGCCUCGAACGUAGCUGGCAUCAUGGGCGUACUCUCUGGUCGGUUAUGGGGUGCCUGGGCCUAGUAUAUCACCACUCAUUAUCUUCUCUAAGCGGUGCCUUCUUAAUGGUUACAAAUGGGAAUACUCAAUUGUUACUCCUGUCUACUCAAUGUGCUAGAUAUUCUUAAGUGUACAGUUGUAUGUAUAUUAAAUAUGUAAUUAAUGUAAUAAUAAGACAAUGCGUCAAUUCUACUAGGAGGCCACAAGUCUCUGUGUCUGAGAUACAGUAAUAUUCAGCGGGAAAAUGUGAAAUCUAGUUCAUACGGCACUGAUGGGAGUCAGGUGAAUCCUUGGGAAUAAUUGCGACAUUGUUGUUUAAAUCUUCACAUUUCAUAACGCGAUCGCCUAAAUAUUUUCUUUGCUUCCCCAUUCUCCUCUCUGAUGAAUAGAAUAAAAUUUGGAGCUUGGACGGUCUUGCCCAUUUUGAGUGCCGUGUAAGCUAGGUUCAUCGUAUCGAGCUACAGAGCUAGAGACAUGAGUUCUAUAAGGAUGCAACUGAAAUGUUUGUAGCGUGCACUGGAUUCACUCCUUCUGUUCCCAAGUGUGUUGCCUAACUUUUGAAGCCUUACUACAAAAUUAUGCAUUGACGUCCUGUAAUAUGCUUUAACCAAACGAUCCCUACGUUAUGUAACUAUAGCGAGAUAAGUUUCGAGAAGAAUGAAAGUGGAUAUCUUCAAGUGAGUACUUACAAAUAAUACUGAAGUAUGUGUUGUGUAAAGUAGGCUAAAUGUAUAUGGAGAUCAAUGUUAUGUAAUGGAUGUAGUUAAAUCUGUACAUCAGAAGAGUUUUAAAGAACAGUUGUCAAAUAGAAGUAUGGUUGUACAGAAGUUUGUUAUUUAUUGAUCUAUUUAUUGAUGUUUGCUGGUAUGUAAAUCUGAUUAUCUAAAGUCGUGAUGAAUCCGCACAUGUAAAAGUGAAUACUGUACUGUCCAAAAUAGCCAAGAGAUUUCUAGGACGAUAUUAUAGAACAGAUGCGAGAUGUAAGUUGACAAAGCGAAUAAACUAUACUGUAUUUCAAGAAUGGCUUUCAAGACCCGACUUUAGUUUAAACAGUUUUCAAAGUUAGUAAGCUCCUUAUACAUUAAAUAAAUAAUGUACAACAUAUCUUACGAAAAGAAAGUUUCUGACUGAUCAAAAACAACUCAUUCUUUCUGUGAUUGUAAGUACAUACAUUAGUCAUCAACUAAUAGAUGAAGUCAUGGUA